AUCCAGUUAUAUGAAUAUAAAUACAUAAGCUAGCAGUCUGAUUUUAUUUUGAUACCCAUAAGAUAUGGCUUUGUUCCAGCAACCUCGAUGGCUACGACGAUGGAUCCGUCGGCGGAUGAAUCCUAUACCAAUAGACAGAGCUGCUCUAUGGAAAAAGCGACUAAGCGUUAUGUAUGGCCUUUUAGCUUGGAAUGCACUUGGCUGGAUAGGGUAUAUGAUCUAUACCGGUCGGAACGAUUGGCCCCGGUUUUACGGUUAUAAAACGGAGGAGGAAGCAGCAAUGUCACAGGCGAUCAGAUAUGCCAAGCAACUGAAUAUGCCUAAUGCACAUGUGAUGAAAUUCUCCGGAUUCUCAAAAACGGACGAAUAUGAACUAAAAGACAUGGAAGUAAUCCAUGACAGCGUAGGUCCAAAGGAAAGUUCGGAUUAAUUGCAAACUAGUGCCGUAGAAUUUUGUAGAUACAUUCUGUUUAAUAAUGGAUAUUAUCGAUAAAACAUAGAUCGUUAAAAAAUCUGUAAAAGUCUACCAAUUGUAACCAACUUUAAGUUCGUUAACAGUCGUAAUGAGUAAAAGGCACUAUGGUCGUUAAUAA